AUGGACGAUCAAGCUGCUGAUCAAGUGACAAACAACAUGGAAAAAGAGUCUGUUCCGAUUGAAAUAUCAGACUUACCAAACAAACUCCUUCUCAAGCUCGAGAUCUCAAAGACCUUGAAACGUUGUGGCCAGCAUAUCUGCCCCGUUUGCAGCAAAGUGUUUACCUCAGGGAAGGCAUUGGGAGGUCAUAUAAGGAUCCACAUGAAGGUUAGCAAAAAUGGUCUUCAUAGAAAGAUUUCCAAGCUUCAGCCAAGAACUAUUCAUCGUGCAAAGGCUAAGCAACGGAUAUCAAAGAUGGUUUCGCCAAAAGCUACGGACGGUGCUGAUCUGCCCUUGAAUGAUCAGGAAGGUAAUGAGAAAGUCAGUUGCUGCAUUUGUAAAAAGGAUUUCAGGUCCAUGAAAUCUUUGUUUGGGCACAUGAAGAACCAUCCUGAGAGGAGUUGGAGAGGGAUCAGGCCACCUCCUUCUGACAAAAACAGCUGUUGUUCGAGUGUAUCCGAAAACGAUGAAGCUCUGGAAGUUGAUCAGAUUAGUUGUGCAAAAGAAAAAAGAUCUGUGACAGGUUCUGAUCUGUUAAAGUCUCUUCCAAAAUGGACCAACACCGCCAAGCGAUACGGGAAAUUCACCUCUGAUGAGAAUGAGAUACCUCAGGCUGCAUAUUGCCUUAUGAUGCUAGCUCAAGGAGAUUCUUUUGAUUUGGGUCAGUCAAGUGUUGGAUACCAAAGAAAAUGUUCAGCAACAGAUAAGCUGACGAUAGAUAAAACUAGAUCUUGGGGCUUGGCAAAUAAAGCUUCAGAGGAGAAAAAACGAAGCAAUAAUGCUCUAGGUAAAGAAAUCGGUGAGGAGAAAGGAAAGGCUAAGUUGAAAACUCAGUCGGAUCAAAGGAGAGUGCCUUCGGAAUGUAAACGGGGAGAUUCAUACAAACCUGCUGAAGAAAACAAGAUGGGGAAGUCAUUAGCAAAAGAGCUCGAUUGCGAUAAGAUUGUGGAUAGGAAAACGAUAGUAAGGGAAAAUAAGAUGAAGGCGAAUUAUACAGAUGCUAAAAUCAUCGAAAACAACCGUUGGUUUGAUCAAUUUCAGAAGUCCCCAAUGAAGACUGGUGAAGAAGAGGGUGAUCCAUCGACCAUGGAAGGUAGAUAUAGAGGCAAGAUCUUCCCAAGUAGACAAACGCCUUGUUUUUACCCUAAAAACCCUAGUGGAGGACUGUUAGAAGCUCCAUUGAAUGAAACAGCACCACCGGUAGAGGGCAAACACCCAUAUUCCAAAACACAAUUCCUGAAAACGGUUAAUCAGGCAGCUGAAGGCAGUCAGGUUUGUUCCCUCAAGAUGCUAGAUUUUGAUCUAAAUGAACCUUAUGUGCCUCUAGAUGGUGAGACUUCAGGAACUUAG